AUUGCUUGUCACCAAUAGCUAAUGACUCAGUCCAGCACUACACUAAUGUGACCGGUCUGCGCGCCGUGAGCUAUGCCAAGCUCAGUUCCAUUUCGUUUGCGUCCUUCGGCACAGCCUUUCAUUCCUUGCAGGUCAAGGCCUUCGCAGCUUUCCGCUCUUUCGGCCCAAGUGGCCUGUGGAGUUCCUGUGCAGAACUUGACAGACAUUUGCGCAGAUGCAGCGCAAACCGAGAACUUUGCCCACUUGCCGUCUGUGGGAACAUGGAUGCAAAAGCCCCCGCGCGAUUGUGGCCAAGGAGCGGCCAAGCCACGGUCUGCAGAAGAAGCUGCGCAAGAAUAUUGUCUUGUAAAGCCCGGGGUUGAUUUGCCAAACCAGCUGAAGGAGCACAGCGAUGCACGCUUGAUGAACUUGAUACAAAGCGCUUCCCACAGAAGUGUCCCUUCAUCUAUUUUCGGAUCGUCAACCACAGCGGCAAGUCCAUGCCCAAAGGAAAGCAGUCGAGCUUUCAUGCGAUUCCGGCCUUCUGUUGGUACUUGGUUGCAGCCACGGCACCCGGCCAUUCCACCUGCCAGCCUUAAGGCCUUGACCUUGCCAGAGCCACACGCAGAACCAUGUGGGAGCAAGGAUGCGACAACCGAGGUGACCGUGGUGCUUGUUGAGUCCAGGUCAGCACCCAGUCCCGUUCCAGAGGAUGGGAUUGGUCUCCACUUCUUCCAUCUCGACUUUGAAAAGGUGGAUCAAGGGGCCUUUGAAGAGCAGUUAUUGGAGAGCUUGAUAGACAUCGGUUGCUCCAAGGAACUCCUGGCAAACCUGAACAUCAAGUUGCGCCCAGGCUCAGCUGGUUCCAUUGCAGAAAUUCGAGGUACGGCUAAAUCGGUGCAAGAGCUGAAGUCCAUGCCUGUUUACACAAUUCAGGUUAUGGGGUGUGAGGCCAAGUCAGCAGCCAAUGCCGCUGCCCUUGCCGCUGCAGCUGCUGGUGUUCGGAACAUAAACCUUCCUUCAACUAGCACUAAUAGCCGUGAGCAGACCACGAAGUCCGAGGCGCCGUCAGGAAGCUACCCGCCCUCCUUAUCUAGCUCUCCUGCAAGACAGCCACUCCUGGGAGAGCACCCAAGCCGUUUGACCAGCGCGGAGAGUCGAACACCCUUCCUUUCUGGAACUCCCACGCGACAUCACGGGCUAUCGUCACCCGAGAGUCGAAGCAGGCAGUUGGGCAUGCCAUCAGUCUUCCGCCGUGCUGCCAUGAUGCCCACAGAAAGACGCAAGGCUGGGCCAAAGAGGCUGCAUGCGCGUGAUCGGUGGAAUGUGGAGGAGCUGCGAUUGAGUGACAUCAUGACCAGAUCGUUGGACUUGCAAGAAGGCGCGGAAAACAUUGAUCCUGGAUUGGAAGAGAAAGAACUGACGGAGAUGCUGUCCGAACUCUAUGGGGAGGCAUUGUUUGAUGCGCUAUUUCAGCAGGAACCGGAUUCGGAAGCAGUCCAUUGGACAUUUUAUUUGGCGAGCCGUGGAACUGGGAGGUGCACGAGUGCCAGUGAUUUGCAUUAUGCUUGCCGAGCUCACCAUUACUGCCAUUUUUUACCCCAGGACACUAUGAGAACUCUGGCUACAACCAAUGUGAGUUCCAGAGGAGCCGUGGACUCCACUUUGCUUCAACACCUUCUCGAAGAUCUUAAUGACGGCUUCACUGUUCCUGCUGCAGAGGUGAAGACAGUUCUGGACGAGGCAGAUGGGCUUGCCAACACUGGUGGAAGUGGCAGAGCCUCAUUACUUCGGGCCAUUUCGGCAUGGUACCUCAACGUGGUUCGCAGCGAUUCGCCAUGGACAACUACCCUGAAGGCAUGCUACGGCAGAUGGAUCCCAAAGAAAGGCUAUCACCUUGAGGUUCUGGGCCAUCUUCGUGCUUCCUUGGUAAAUGCAAACGAGGCUUUUCACGAAGAACACAGUCCUGACAGUGCUGGGCAAGCUGUUUGGUUGCUAAUCCAAGCAGCCGGCCUUUUCGUAGCGCUGGUAUUCCCAUCCUGCUUCUUCCUGUGGCUGGUGGUCGUAGGUGCAGAGCAUGGUGAUGACCGCUGUCCAAAGGACUUGGAUGGGCUGAUCACGUGGUUUGGCAGCCUCGGCUUGGCCACCAUGGUUGUUGGGUGGGCAGAUGGAUUUGCGCAGUCUGAAAACCAAAUGGUUAAAGCUUCAAGUAUUGGAUUGGGUCUGAAAGCAGUCCAGAUCUGAAAAGGACUGUGGUACUACUUGGUAUUACUUGGUCACUACAUGGCACUAUAUUGCAGUUUUUCGAUGUUUUUUGUUUCAUCGCUGGAAGUGUCUGCAACAUCAAGGUGCUUCUCAUUCUGCCAUGGGUUGGAGCAUUCUGGACUUUUCAUUUGGCGAGCAAGGACCAGCAGGUCUGUGGCCUUUUCCUGACCGAAGCUAGUUCUCUACUCUGG